GUCUACUAAAACAAAGUUCCGUUAUUAAUAAACAUGGUACACAGUACCGUUUCUGGGUUAAAGAUGAGUCAUCAGACCUGCCCGUCCCAAUGGAUACAGACAAAAAAUAAUGAUUUUGGAAAUUAUUACAUAUAGACUGCCACAAAACUGAGUUUCUUAAUAUGUGAGAUAGGGAGGCACUGUCCUAUUUCUCUCCUAACCUUUAGGUACAGUCCUAAUUAUGUAGGAACGCCAUCCAUAAGAAUUUAUCAAAUUAGGUCAAGCUAAUAUAGUUGUCGAUGUGUCCAGAAAAGAUUUUUCCGCGUUGAAAUUUGAUCUCAAAUGCAUUACGGUGUCAAUCUAAUAUACUUAGUCAGAACUAAGCAUUUUCCAUUUGUGAACCACCCCUCUAGUGUCAUUUCUCGAAAACUGCCGAAUUCCAUCUUAAAAUAUAAACUAAAGUACCUAUAUACACAAAAUUAAAAUGACAAAAUCAUUCCAAUAUCCUGUGUUAACACUAUAACUCUCACUUCGUAAAAAUAUUGUAGCUGCCAUUCCUCACGCACCUUCAACAACGCAGCCGUCGACCGGUUCAAACUAUCGUACCACCAGUUUCCCCAGAUAUUCGUACAUGUUAUCGAAACUAUAUGUGUGAACAUCCUGCAGUUUGAUAUAAAUGCUACUGUGUAACUAAUUCCUUCAUUAUUACAUGUAUAUUUUGUUACUUACUUUGAAAAAUCGAACACAAACGAUGUUGCCAUUGUUAACCUUCCAGAGUGUGUGCCGUAGCCAAAAUACCUGCAAACUUGGUGUGUUCCCUUACUGAAGUCAGUCUUAUUCUAUCAGUAAGAUUUUGUUUACCAUUUGCGGCAUAUGUCAGGGUUAUAUAUCAGAUUCACUUCCAAUAUAUCAUUUCAGGAAGGGGCGACGUAGUUGUAGUUAUAUAUUAGAGGUAUGAACUACAACUACAAAUCUAGUGUGCUAAGACCAAUCUCCAAAAGUUGAUCUACUGAACUAACUGAAGUUAUUUUUAAGUAAGGAAGCACAUUUAUGCGUUGCGCAGGGAUACCUCCAUUUGUUUUUGACACGAUUUCCCAUUUCACGGUUAUGUAUGUAUAAUCGGACUACAAACAAGUGCCAUACAAGCGUAUGACAUUUGUCACAUUAGUGUUGUUUUACAAGUAAAUGUAACAACAUUGUUUGAAAUAUUCGGGAAUUUACAAAAACAAAAUCACUCACAAUAUAGAUAUGGCAUCACUGACGCAAGGGUGACGCUCUGACCAAUCACGAACAAUGAAAGCUUUCUGUGUAAAACAGUAACAUUGAAUAAACAUUAAUAUUUUUUAAAGUGAAGAAACUAUCGUUCAACAAUUUUUUCAGUAUUUUUAGAAGGGAUAUAAUCAAACAUGUCUAAGGGAGAGGCAGAGAUUCCAGUUACUGAGGAUUAUGCUACAUCUGAAGAGCCUACCAUGCCCACUCUGGUUGAAGAAGGACUGGCUUCAAGUAUGCUUAGAGAUCCAUUACACAUUAAUGAUAAUGAUGAUUAUUCAUCAUCUGAAGAACCAACCAUGCCUAAACUAACAAUAGAAGGUAUUAUUACGGACUCUUCAGAAAAAGUAUCACCGCCUGUCACAUCCAUUCAAAGGAAAGCAGUCACACCUCUGGUAAACAUGACAAGACUUUCAUCAGAGCUUAAUGGAGUCUCAACAGAUUUGCCAGCUCACCCAGUACAAGACAUUAAAGAAAACAGUGUGACAGGAACCACAACACCAAAAGCAGAAGUAAAGCCAGUAGGUAGAAAAAGAAUGAGAACAAGAACACAACAGACUCCCAUGGAUAACAUUCAGUCAUGUGAUUCAGGGACUCCAGUGGAGCAUAUAAGAAGAGUUGUAAAGCAUUCGUGUAAUUUAUGUCAGUCCACAGACUCCACAACACCCAAAAGGCCUCAUUCACAGUGUAACGUUUCUGGAGUUAAGAGGAUCCGUAGAAAACAGAAUCCUGGGCCUACAGAAGAAUUAUUUGCCCCAUUAAAGCUUGGAUGGAUUCGAGAAAUUGUAACUCGUCAUAUAUCUAAUAGUGCAAAACAUGAUGUAUAUUAUCAUCCACCAUAUGGCAAGAAGCUGCGAUCAAUAGUGGAAAUUGGAAAGUACCUGAAUCAAGAAAAUAUGACUGCUUUGCUGACAGUGGACAAUUUCACCUUCUAUCCGGAACCUCUAGGUUAUGGAGAACCCUUCGAAAUCACCCGAGGAGCAAUUUUGAGGUCACCAUUUGUCUCAAAAGCAAAUGGCAGUCCCAAAAAGGUAACAAAUUUGACUCCAAAGAAAGGAUAUCACAUAAAGAAACCAAAACUUACACCAAAUAGCAAAAAGAAACCCAAGACUAAUGCUAAAUCAGCCAAGCAGAAGCCAGGGGAGAAAAUGGCCAAACCAGCACAAGUGGCAGAAUCUUCUGAUGAAGAAUACCAAGUGAUAACAGAAAUUGCAGAAGGCGAUGAGAGUGUAGCUUUACAUUUAGCAGAGACAGAAAGUUUGGAAAUUGGUCACCAGGUACUAGCUAAAAAUACUGAAGUACAAGUUAAGAAUAAUUUAACUCAUGCCAGUGGAAAAAGAAACACCUUUAGUAGUCCAGAAAGAAAAGAGCUUUACCAGAAAACAGAAAAUUCAGAGUGCAGUGCCAAUACUCAGAGUGUGUUUGUUGCUGCUGGCAGUGUCAGAGAGAGAUACAUUACCAAAACUGGGAGCCCCAAGCGAAUUAGAAUAACAGCUGAAAACAAGAAUGGAAAAAGCUCAGUGAGCAAGAAGAUAGCAGAGCAUUUCCAAAAUGUACAAAAACCAGUAGUCUCUCCCCAGGAAGAUCAACCUUCACCAAAGGAAAGUCACUCCAUAAAGGUUAAUGAAACACAUAACGGAGAGCAUAAUAACCAUCAAGAAACUGAAAAAAAUAGUUCAAGUAGACAUAAUAAUUACGUUUCCCUCAGUCCCGUGGAUGUAAAUGAGAGAGAUAAUCAGUGCAAGGUUAGUGAAACAGUAGUUCAUCAAAAAUCAAAAAGGAAAAGACUAGAGAAGAAUCAGAAUGGUACAGAGAUAAGAGGAAAGGAGAAGCUUAAUGUCCAAAAGAAACAAAUAAAUAAAGAAAGAUCUUGCCAAAAUGAAGUAUUGUUUGUAGCAUCAGGAAUCUUAGAAAACUUUGAGGAUUUUGCUAAACAAACGGAACCUUCAAGUACUUUGUCAAUGAUCUUUCCUACAUUGCCUGUUAAAGAAGAGCCAGUAGAAAAUGAGUUCCUUCCUGUCAUAUCCAAUGUAAAAAGUGGAAAGGAAGCAGAAGAAAUGCUAGAGACUUCAGAAGAGCCCUUAAGAUUGUGGGUCAACCAAACUUUUAAUUUACAGAAAGGACAAAAUGGAAAAACAAUCGAAGCUCAGCUGAGAAAUAAAAACAAUUACCCAGAAACAAAUGGGCAAAAUACAGAGUGUACAGCUGGAGUUUUAAGAAAAUGGCUUAAAACAAAUUUUAUGGCGUCAAGCACUAAUGUAACAGAACAAAAUUUUGUUCCCCAAAAUGACAAAGCUACACCAACAGAACCAUCACAGAUUAGUUUGAAAAAAAAAAGUAAUGCUGUAUCAAAGAAAAAUCCUCAAAACUUGAAUAGAAAUUUUGUUACUCAGACUAUUGUAAAAAAUCCGAUUCAACCUAUGGUAUCUCUUCCAGUACCUAUGUCAGAAGUAUGCAACACAAGUGUGAAUGUUACACCCCAAAACAGUCAUUUGUUAUUUGAGAAUUCAAAUUUGCAGAUGCAGGUACCUAGCUCUGUGCAGAACCCAGCCACACCUGCUGAUUCCAUGCAGAAUCCAGUCAUUGUUACAGACUCUAUGCAGAAUCCAGUCACUACCUUUGAGAUUCAAAGUCCAUCUUCAGGGGAAAAAAACAGGAUUACAGGUGUCACUUCUAAUGAAUCUGAUUGUCAGAAUUUUGUCAAACAUGGGAAGGGAGAACGUCUUAGGGAACUUUUAACUCAACCAAAAAAAACAGAAAUAGAUAAUAUUUCUUUGAAUUCCAAGUUUGCCUCAUUAAUAACCAAAAACAAAAAUCGACCUCCAAUUCUAAAGUCUGCCACACAGCCAUUAAAUCCAAACCAACCUGGUGCAGCAGAUGCACAGGCAUAUCAAACACCUUUGAAACCCAUUGCUCCUCGUGUGCCUGGAUCCUCAUUAGCUACAUUUACUCCUCUACUAGUCAUCAAUGCUAAAUCACCUCCAGGUCCUCAAUCUGCCUCCUGUCAAUUAAAUACAGUAUAUAUACCGCCUCCUAACACACCACUGCACUCUGUUGCCCCUUCUGUGCCUGGAACCCCAGUUGAUUCAUUGGCUUCAUAUUCUCCUCUAAUAGCUAUCAGCACAAAACAAGCUCCAAUCUCUCAGUCAGCCAACUUACCAUUCAAUCCAAACCAGUCACAUGUAGCUGUUCAACAGGAACAUCACACAUUUCUGUACUCAUUUGACCCCAAUAAACCUGUGACUUCUGUUGCUUCUCAGGUUUGUCACUCUCCACCUUCAUUUAUACAGGAUGGACAAACACAGACUGAAAAUCCCCCUGCGGUUAAUCAUAAACCAGCACGGAGGAAAGGUGUGAAUCAUGGUAACCCUAUUACAUGAAGAGAGUUGUAUAGGUUGCAGCAUCUCAGGGUAUUUACUUUAAAUUCAUAUUGAUAUUCAUUAUGUUUUGACACUUUGGAAAAGCUAUAACUUAUUUGAUACAGGUAAUAUAUGUGGUUUACAGCUUUAGGAGCCUUUUCCCUCACUGAAAUGGAGUUAUUACGUGUAAAUUUCACCCUAAUAUAUUUUAACACCAAACUGUUAUUUAAACUGCUUUGGAAAAUUCUUUAUAAUAAACUUUGCAUCUUUCAUUGUUCAAUGGCUAAGGAAAUUUUGUUGCCCAAUGUUCACAAUUAACAUCUUUCUCUAUAAAACAUGUCUGAUAAAUUGUUGAACUUCUAUUUUAGUUUCAACCUCUACUACCCAAUGUUACCUUUUUUAUUUUAUUUUUAAUUACCUGGUUAAUUCAGAUGUAAAUGGUUCUGGUAAUGAUACUGACAAAGGGAUCCAUAUUUGAAAAAUGGGGACUAUUUCCAAAGAGAACAUUUUGAGAGAAUAUCUCUCUCUCUCUCUCUCUCUCUCUCUCUCUCUCUCUCUCUCUCUCUCUCUCUCUCUCUCUCUCUCUCUCUCUCUCUCUCUCUCUCUCUCUCUCUCUCUCUCUCUCUCUCUCUCUCUCUCUCUCUCUCUCUCUCUCAUUCAUUUACCAUUGACAAUAAGAUGUCUUUACUCUUGAAGAUAUGUUAACAUCAUAUGCAGCACCUUUAUAUCUAUAUUAGGAAUGUGUUUCAAGUUCAUGUGUGGUGGUAAUAGAAUUUUAUACUAUUGUUUUAGAUUUUUUUAUUUGAAUGGCAUUUUUGCAUGUGUACAAUUGUACAUUGCCUGUUGCCAUGUAUUGUAUAUUAAUGAAAAAUAUAUAUUUUCAAAAUAAAUUUAUGAUCAAA